AUGAAGGUAGACCAGCCUCUCAAUCUUGACGAUGAUGAUUUUGAAUGCCAUAGUGGAUUGCCGCGACCAAUCUCGACACCAACGGACAUGUCCUUCUCCCUUGAGCGUCUCAAGCUUGGUAUCGUUUGUCGGGAAGUUAUUGACGCUACAUCCCACGAACACCUUUAUGGAAUAGAAAUCAGCUACGAGAAGAUUCUUGAACUCGACCGAAAGUUUCACCAAGCCCUUGCAGAGAUACCAGAAUUUUUCCGCCUUGACCCAACGUCCAGGCGCCGAUUCGCAUCUCUGUACCAAAAUCGCCCCACAAUUGCAUGGCAACGAUGUCUCCUACAACAAGGGUACUUUUCACGCUUGUGCCGUCUGCAUCGGCAAUUUUUCGUUCGUGGAGCUCGUGAGCCACUUUAUUCCUAUUCUCAUAUUGUAUGCCUUCAAUCUGCGCGAAAGGUACUCGAGAUCAAAAAAAUCAUGGACGAAGACGAACCAAAGUUCACACCGCCAAGCUCAGUGGUCUGGUCUGUUAUGCAUCACGUAUUCAUGGCUGCCGUGAUCUUGCUGCUAGAUGUGUGCUUCAACUGGGACGACAUUCUAGCCGAGAAGCGAAAGGAGGAGGUACUGGAUGCAUGUCGCAUGCUCAUGAAAGAGGGUAUCAAUGCCAUGAUGGGUGUGCUACAGAAGCACUGGAAACAUGAAAAGCUGGCUGCUUCUCCAAAUCGCAACUCUAUUCCCAAUGUAAACGCGGCCGGUCCUGACAUGCCGAGGCAACCCUUGCCUUCCACAUCUGGAGCCAGUUAUACACCGGCAACCACAAUCGAAUUGGAUCCACCAGGUGACUUACCCAGCAAUCUGGAUGAUACGGACGAGAGGCAAUUGGAAGAUAUAUGGUCUGAGAUGCUCGACAACGGUGCUAAUCUUGAUUUGGGAGAUACGGCCUGGACGGGACUGUUGACCGAGUUGACCAAUGCCACUAUGCCUGGCUGA